AUGUCGGUUGCGCGCGAAUUCGAGGCCGCCAAUGCCAAGUACGCGGCGUCCUUUACCAAGGGCAAUCUGCCUCUGCCUCCGGCACGGAAAGUCGCUGUGGUGGCCUGCAUGGACGCUCGACUCGACCCAGCUCGCGCCCUAGGCCUUGAGGAAGGCGACGCCCACGUCAUCCGCAACGCUGGAGGUCGAGUCACCGACGCAAUUCGCAGUCUGGUCAUCUCGCAGCAACUGCUGGGCACUCGGGAGAUAGUCAUCCUGCACCACACCGACUGCGGCAUGCUCACCUUCACUGACGACGUCAUCCGCGACAAAAUCCGGUCCGAGCUGAAGCAGAAUGCUGACCAUAUCGCCUUCUUGCCCUUUAAGGACCUGCGCCAGAGUGUCCUCGAUGAUAUUGAGAUCCUCAAGCAGAACCCGCUUAUCCUGGAUGUGCCGAUUACCGGGUACCUGUACGAGGUCGAGACGGGGAAGAUUGUCAGGGUGGAGUAG